AGAAAAGAAAAGAAAAGAAAAAAAAAUACCGUAUCUCGAUCGAAAGUUAAAAGUAAGGGCGCAUGAAUGAUUUAGUUGAUAAAAUUUUCUUCCGAUCAGUUACAAUACGGUUGACUGAAUAAGCGUGCGAAUGAUCUUAUGAGCGUACAAUCGAAGAAAGUAAAGUAGAAUAAGCGGCGGGUCCUUCUAUAAGCCCGGUGCAACGGUUCGAAACGAAUGAAUGAAGAGAAGUGGUGGAUUAUUCAAAAUCAUUAGCUGGAGCAAACAAGUGGCCAUAUCCCGCCGCAUAAGUUUGACAGCAAUGGCUAAAAGUAAAUUUGAAUAUGUAAAAGAAUUCGAACGGGACGAUAAUUGCUUGCCAAAUUGUUGGAUUGUGGUUAGAAUAGACGGUAGGAAUUUUUCCAAAUUCACCGACGCUCAUCAAUUUGCCAAGCCGAACGAUGUUGCCGCAUUGGAGUUAAUGAAUCGUGCUGCUAUUACUGUUAUGGAAGAUUUUAAAGAAAUAAUAUUAGGUUUCGGACAAAGCGACGAGUAUUCCUUUGUAUUUCGUAAAGACACCCAACUUUAUAAACGUAGAGUGUCCAAGCUCAUGUCCAAUGUGAAUUCUUUAUUUGCUUCAUCUUAUGUGUAUCAUUGGCCUCGAUUUUUCAGAGGUAGAGAUCUUUAUUAUCCGCCAUCCUUUGAUGCACGCGUUGUCUUAUAUCCAACAGAUAAAAAUUUAAGAGAUUAUUUGGCUUGGCGUCAAGCAGAUGUUCAUGUUAAUAAUUUAUACAAUACAUGCUUUUGGAAUCUUGUCCUAAAAGGAAAGCUAACUCCGAGUCAGGCUGAAGAAAAGCUUAGAGGUACUCUAGCUUCGCACAAAAAUGAAUUGCUUUUCCAAGAAUUUGGAAUAAACUAUAAUAAUGAGCCUGCCAUGUUUCGGAAAGGCACUAUACUUUUACGUAAGCUUGUACCGGAUGGUACAGGACGAUUAAAGCCUGUUGUCCUUCCAUUAAUUGAUGAUAUCAUCGGUGAUCGGUUUUGGAAAGAGAAUCCUGAAGUAAUAGGUUUAAAAAGUUUAGCAACUUAUCAACCACCCAUCAAUAAUGCUAUGAAAAAUACAAUUUGUACACCAGUGCCUCUAUCUCCUGGUACUCUUAAACAUAUGAAUAAUGUCACAGUACCUCCUGUUGUAUGUAAUACAAAUUCAAAGAAUGACGAAACAAAUGUUAUAAGAAAUAGAGAGAUAGAUGGUGAUCGAAUGCAAUGUGAAAGUGACCAAAUUAUUAGAAAAUAAGUUGUGUUACAAUAUUUUUUAAGACAAAACUAAAUAUAAUAUUAUUUAAAUUAUGUGCUUAUCCGUUCUUCGAUCAUGCAAAAGUGAAUUUUAUUAUAUAAAUCAACAACGUAUUGCAUGCAUUGAUAAUGGGUAUGGAUGAUCAACAUACAUAUCUUUUGCCUCUUUACAUUAACAUUGUUACGACGUAUUGUGGAUAAAUAGAAGAAAUACCAAUGGAACUUUUUGCAAAAACUUCAGCGGAUCAAGUUAGAUUAAACAAACAAGAUUAACUUUUUACAAUUGCACAUUUUUCAUUUUAUUUCUCUAUAAUGUGUUUGUUUACCGUUUUCAAUGUGUACAGGUAUUUAACACAAAACAUAAACAUUUGUAUUAUAUCAUGUAGAAUGUAGGAUACCUUUAUUUUUUAUUAUUCUAAUUAUUAUAUUAUUAUUACUA